CAUACAAUGGGCGGUGACUUUCACGGCAAGUCUCAGGACUCGGCGAAAGGCAUCUACGCUUUGGCCGCGAGGGAUGUCUUUAAACUAUUGCGGUCUUCAAAGUAUAAAUCAGAGGAUCAAACAGUUUUCGCCAGUUUUUUCGAGAUAUACAGUGGAAAGGUGUUUGAUCUGUUGAACGGAAAGGCAAAGUUAAGAGUAUUAGAAGACGCCAAACAACAGGUCCAAGUGGUUGGCCUCAUAGAAAGACGAGUUGAUAGUGUAGAAGACGUUCUGAAACUAAUCCAAAUGGGGAACAACAUCAGGACAUCGGGUGUCACGUCUGCCAACAACCAUUCGUCUCGUUCUCACGCAGUCUUUCAAUUGAUUCUGAAGAGACAGACGGGAAAAAUGAAGGGAAAGUUCUCUCUAAUUGAUUUGGCCGGUAAUGAGAGGGGAGCCGACACUUCAAGUGCUAAUCGACAGACUCGUAUGGAAGGCGCAGAGAUUAACAAGUCUUUACUGGCGCUAAAGGAGUGCAUCCGUGCUUUGGGUCGAAAAGGCGCUCAUUUGCCGUUCAGAGCGAGUAAAUUGACUCAAGUAUUGCGCGAUUCGUUCAUUGGGGAGAACUCGAGGACUUGCAUGGUUUGGAUGACACCUCUGUUUGCCUUCACAUUCAAUGACUCAUUAAUUGUGACUUUUGUAUCACAGAUAGCGAUGAUAUCUCCCGGCGUUCUUUCGUGCGAACACUCAUUAAAUACUCUACGAUAUGCUGAUCGCGUCAAAGAGCUCGGAGCUGAUAAUCCAGAUCUUAAGACCAGUGAUGGCGAUGAAGACAUGUCUGCGAGCGGCGAUGAUUUAGCCAUUCUUCACAACUCUAAUUCCGGAGAAUUGCCCGAAGAUUUGUAUACAUUUCAUGAGACAAUAUCUCAUUUACAAGAGAUGGAGGAAGAGAUUCUUGAUGUCCACAAGAAUGUGAUCGAUAACAUCCCGCGUUGGAGUCAAACACAUAUAGAUUUGCUUCAAAUGACUUCAGAGGUUGACUACGACGUCGACGCUUACGCCCAGCAGUUGGAGGAAGUGUUGGAUGAGAAUCUGGAAGUGUUGCUGAAGUUUAAGGAAAAAGUGGUUAACUUUAGGACUCAACUCAAUGAAGAGGAGCUGAUGAGCAAAAAGUUCGGCUGAACUCUGUGUUAACGAAUUGGCGAUA